GGACGAGUCGGAGAGAGAGAGAGAGAGAGAGAGAGUCUCUUCAGGGGUUGGGACAACGGAUGCUCCACUCAUUCUGCCCUCCUAAAAAGAUAGCCCCGAGCUGCAAUUUUCAAACAAAUACUAUUUACAAAUGUGUAAAUAUUGGAAACAUGACCCGGGCUCGUUUCAGAAUCAAUACGUUAGUUUGUAGUAGUAAUUUGGCUGGUUUGAGAAACGCCGAUCGUUGACUAAUGGUCCGGGACCUCUCUUCGCCGGUGGGGUAGCAGCUAGCUGGAUACGAAAACAGAGCGUCAACUCCGUGAGCAAGGAAGGGACAGCCUGUCCAAGCCUUCUGUGGUGAAAAGGUUCAGCAAAACCAAGUGCUGAACUAGCCUAUUCCACUUCAACAAUCCUCCUAUUUGACUGAAUUAUGUACCAGGUGCAGGGGAAAGGGGAAAGGGCUGUUGCCAUGGUGCUGAAGGAGCUUCCGGGUAAAAAGGCAUCCUCAGAAGGAAACCCCCUCCUCACCGUGACAACCAAGCUGGUCGGUGAGCAGCAAGAGAGCCGCCCGCUGCUGAGCCCCUCCAUCGACGACUUCCUGUCAGAGAGCCGCAUUGAUGGCCCUGUGGUCCGGCCGGUCACCUCCAACACAGCAGUUCUAUCCUCAGCCCUCGACCUGGUGGAUCUGAGUGAGCCCAGUGAACGCAGCAGCAGGAAGGACAGCGUCAGGGAGCGUCCGAGCCCCUUGGGAAAUUCUAAAAACAGCCCACGGAGAGGGAAGAGACGCGAUGAGACAGAGCUCAUCCAGGUGGAGGUGGAGCGCUCAUCGAGCGCUCACACCCCACGAGCCCCCGAGAGGGUCUCUCUAGACUCAGUCAGUUCCUCUUCUCCUUUGGAGAAAUGGGAGGAAGUGAAUCUUCACCCUGAAGGUGCCCUGAAUGACAGCAGGAAGAGAAGAUACGAAAAGAAGUGCACCUCACACCACUCCUCCAGUGAAUUAAUAUGGUCAGCAGAGUUUAAAACAAAUCCAUCUGUGAAAAACUCAUUUGAAGUCAAUAGCAUUGAUGACGAGGACCACAUAUCAGCACUAAAGGACCCAGCACCCCUACAAGUGCGGCCCAGUCUCCAUCACCUCUUAGGCAGACAUCAUUCCCAGGAGGAGGAGUUUGUAAGGGCAAAGGCUGCUGUAGAGUCGGACACAGAGUUCUGGGAUAAGAUGCAGGCAGAAUGGGAGGAACUGGCUCGCAGGAAUUGGCUCGAGGAAGAAAAUGAAGGCCCGAUACCACCCAGCAACUCUCCAAUUGAGAAGGGCUACUACUUUCACACCAACAACCCGUACAAAGAGUGGCCCAAUGCUUUUGAGGAAGGGCAGCAGAAGGCCAGAGAUGGAGACCUGAACAAUGCUGUCCUGCUACUGGAGGCGGCCAUUUUGCAGGACCCUUCGGACUCUGAGGCUUGGCAGGUUCUGGGCACCACACAGGCCGAGAAUGAGAAUGAGCAGGCGGCCAUCGUGUCACUCCAGAGGUGUCUAGACCUCCACCACAACAACUUGCCGGCCCUCAUGGCCCUGGCGGUGAGUUUGACCAACACAGGCAUGCAACAGGACGCUUGCAAGGCCCUGCACCGCUGGAUCUGCCACAACCCCCGUUAUAAACACCUACUGCCAGGGAGCCGGAGCCCACUGCUGCAGGGGUCCCCCACCACACCGCGCAGGGGUCGUCCCCAUACGCCAACCUCUUGCAGCCAGCUGGCGGAGGUCAAGGGAUUGUAUCAGGAGGCCGCCUUGCUGAAUACAGAUGGGGUGGACCCGGACCUCCAGACAGGCCUUGGGGUCCUGUUCAACCUCAGCUCCGAGUUUGACAAGGCUGUGGAGGCCUUCAACUCAGCCCUGUCUGUCAGACCUGAGGACUACCUGCUGUGGAACCGCCUUGGGGCCACACUGGCUAAUUGGGACCAUAGUGAGGAGGCAGUGGAGGCAUACACCCGGGCCCUGGAGCUCCAGCCGGGCUUCAUCAGGUCCCGCUACAACCUGGGCAUCAGCUGCAUCAACCUGGGAGCGCACAAGGAGGCAGCUAGUAACUUCCUGACUGCCCUUAACCAGCAGAGGCAGAGCCAGAGUCACCAAGUCAUGUCGGCUAACAUCUGGGCUGCCCUUCGGAUCGCCCUCUCCAUGAUGGACCGGCCCGAGCUCUUCCAGGCUGCGAACCUUGGAGACCUGGACCGUCUCAUGAAGGCCUUCGAAAUGGGGCGGGUUAUGUGACCAGGUUUAGUGGGGCUCCUCAGAUAAACAGGUCGCUAAUUGGCUAGAGGGUUGCCAGAUUGGUGACCAAGAAUGGCUUCUGUUAAUGUAAAGCUAAAUUCAUGUCUGACAGGAAGAGAGAUUAAUGUUAUUGAAGAUCGGAAAAAGAGGGGGGGAUUGUAGAAUAACGGAGGUGUUCUAGGAUUUGAAAUGCCAUUAUAGUGAAAAUAUUGGAAGACCUGAACCAACUUGGGAAAUAUACACACUAUUUUAAUUUAGACUGGCCUCCAGCAGCUGAAAUUAGGCUACAAUAACACAGCCAUAGAUCAAAAGUGGUCAUUUAUUCCCCAUUCGCUUUGGUAUGGCACUGUAUACAACUUCUGCUGUGUGGUCAGAUGCCAUCUACUUUAAGUGGAUGGGAAGAUUGUUUUUAAUCCUUUGAAACGGAUUUGUACCACUGCAAUGGGGUACUACUAUUUAUUUUUUAUCCUCGAAGAGCACAACGUUGACUGAGAAAAAGAAAGACAGAGUCUGCUGUAAAAUAGAGGAAAAACAAGCCAUGCAUGCCCGGCAAUCACAUUGUGAAAGAACUGAAGCCUUAUACUAAGUGAAAUGAUAUCAAAUGCACAAGUCAUAAUCACUUUUAUAGACACCAGGUACUGAUGGUCAAAUUGUGUGUAAUAGUAUAGACUAGAGUCCUCUUGUGUAUAGUUUUCAUUUUGUACAUACCGGUAUUUAUUUGGAAUAUCACUUCCAUGCAACGCUCCAAGUACAGUAUGUAAUAUAUGACUGGUUGACAGGUCCGAUAGGCCGGAAAGUAAAUAAGCUCAUUUGAACAUACACACACGUUUGUCGGUACACAGACUGCCUCUGGAUGAACAACCAUUGUACCAUUUGGGGACCGUGUGUGUAACUUGAGUUUAUUUCAACCACUCUACAGCAAUAAGUGGAGUGUUUUUCCACAAUGCCCACUUACUACUCGAGUAGUAAGUACCCACACACACCUGCUUGCGACACCUGUUCCAUCUGUUUUUGCAACAUCAGUCACAUGAAAGGAUGUCUGCCUCUCAUCUUUACUAGCAUCUCAGUAGCAACUAGUGACGUUCAAACAGUGCUUUGUGAACCUGGCUUCAAAGUGUGGCAACAACCGCUGAAAAUGAAAUCCCUCUAAAGCAGCCUGUCAUGUUCAAAUGAGAGUGAUUAAGUCAACGGCAGAAACAACAGCGAGGAAAAUGCACUCAAAAGACCUGUUAAAACAAGUUAUACAAGUCACCCGCUCGUUCAUUGGUUUUACGAAUCAGUGUUUGAUGAGCUAUGAUUUCAAGCAUAAAUCAUCUGCUUUUUAAGAAGUUCUGUUUUUGAGGAUAGAUUAUCCAGUUUGCUCUUUCUUACCAGAAAAAAAGGUGUGGUGUUUAAAGUGAUUAUUGGUUUACGACUGAAUUGGUAGUGGGCAUGUGUGUUGAAUUGACAGUAAAUUCCCUAUGCAAUAUACAGUAUAUUUGUAUAACA